CCAGACCGGUUUGGCUAGAAAGGUUGGAAAGGAGUCAGGUACUUUUCUGAGUGCUUUGGUCUGUGUGUGUGCGUGUGUGUGUGUGUGCAUUCAAGGAUACCAGAGAGUGUUUCAAGACAAGGUUUCAUUUUUUCAUCCCUGAAGGUUUUAAACAGGUAAUAAGAAAAUAUAAUGGAUAUCAAGAUCCCUUGAUGAAUGGUGUUGACGAAGAUGUUUGAAAAGUCAAAGGAGAGAAUGGUUUUCUUUUUGCUGGACUUUCCUGGCGGUACGAUGGCGAUGCCGUAAUUUCUACACGGAGUGUCUGAGGUUUUAAGCGUGUACUACCGUGGGGUAAGUGAUUGGACCAGCUCAACUUGUAAGGAUAACAUAGGUAUACAUUCAGUUACUGUCUGUACAAAUCAACACACACACACACAACUUGACUGGCAACACUUAACAUUAAGGGUAUAUUCAUUUACCACUAAUAAACAUUAGAAAAUGCAGUACCAAGCAUUAUCUUUCAGUUAAUUAACAGUAAACAUACAGUAUGUGUCUAGUAAUAAUUUAAUAAUGGUGAAAACUUUUACUAAUUGUGUUCCUGUUAACCAAUGUAUUAAUGUUCCUGUUAAGGAAGGAAUUCAUUUGUACACUAUUUAAUAGGGUUAACCUUAACCCUAUGCUUAUACUAUUUAAUAUUGUUUAUUACUGUAUAAAUGAAUGGUUAAUUCAAGUACUCAUAUUGUAUUGUAGCAUUAUCAUUUCAUUCCACAUUGUUUUACUUAAAUAUAUUGUGUGUGUGUGUGUGUGUGUGUGUGUGUGUGUGUGUGUGUGUGUGUGUGUGUGUGUGAAAUUCUAUAUGGCAAUCAAAUCAACACAAUGUCAAUGUAUAACUGUUUUGUGCAAUGACACAACUAUAUUAUAAUAGUCUGACUAAUGAACUGUGUCUAUAUACACAAUAUUUACGCUUAAAGUCAUCUGAGGACUAGAGAUCCCCGGAAGGCAUGACAUCCUGUCUCUGUGGCUCAUAUCGGCAGGAGAUAUGGUUGUUUUGCAUAAGACAUGGAGGUUUGAACUGACAUCUCAUGAUAGCCCAUGUCAGCCUACAGGCUGCCGGUCCGACCGAGUCAAUUCAAAGGCAGUGGGUCAUGUUUUGGUGCCUGUACAUUACCUAGGAUCUGGACUGUAUGGGGCGGCAUGGCAGUGAUCAUAGAGUACACCGACAUGCUGGGGGUCAAACACCUGGGUCUGCAGAACAUGCCCUUCCCAGACCUGGUCAAGUACUGCGUCCUGGGCGUCUCUGGGCUGCUACUGCUGCUGGCCCUCGGCAUCUUCCUGUGGCAGAUCUUCAGAUGCUGCACACAGAACAACGCCACGCAAGAUACAAGUGAUGACUACUGGGAAUCACACACAGUUGCCAGCUUCUUGCAGGGGCCGAGCGCUUUGAAUGGAGGGCCGGGCCGGAGGAGGACUCUGAAUCAUACCCCCACCCUGAAAGGGGGCGCCACCAGGGAGCUGGGAGAGCCCAGCGAGGACAAGCAGGUCAGCGGGUCACUGCGCUUCUCCCUGUUCUACGAGCCGCUGCCGUCCCGCCUGGUGGUCACCAUCCUGCAGGCGGAGGGGCUACAGAGGCGGAGCCAGGCCCACAGACCACACCCCUUCGUCAGGCUGAGGCUGAUGUGGGAGGAGCCGGAGAACCAGGAGCAGAAGAGCUCACUGAUGAAUGAGAAGGGGGAGGGGGAGCAGCCCGCUCUGUGCUCUGCGCUGCAGGAGUGGCACACGCGCAUCGUGAGGGACAGCUGCAGCCCUCUGUUCGGAGAGCAGUUCAGCUGUGCCCUGCUGCGGCAGCACGACCUCCCUCGCGCCACGCUCCGCAUGGAGGUUAAAGACUUUGAUGGCUUCUCUCGACACAUGGUCUUGGGAGAGGUGAGGGUUCCCUUGAGACAUCUGGACAUGUCCUAUCCUUUGGAACUACGAGAGCCUCUGCAGACACCACAGAAGGACCCAGUAGGACAGGUUCUGCUCUCCUUGAGGUUCCUUCCUGCUGCCCAGAGGUUAGAGGUCGGAGUGCUCAAGAUCAGAACGCUGCAGACGGACUCAGAUUCUGCCCUGCAUGCCCGGAUCAGUGUGCGGUGCGACCAGUCCAAGCUACGCCAGCAGAGGACUACUGCUGUCCACCAGGGCCAGGUGACGGUGUUCAAUCAGGUCCUCAUGUUCUCCCUACUGGAGUUCCCGCCACAAGAGUGCAGCAUUGCGCUAUCCGUGUACAAGACGGGCGGCAACAGGAGGCACAAGCAUCUGGUGGGUCAGCUGACCGUAGCGAAGCAAAGGAGAGCAGAGGACCUUCAUUGGACCUUGAUGAUGCACUCCGUACGCCAGCCAAUAGCAAUGUGGCAUCAGCUGCUGACCUAAGCUGAGGCUGAAGACGUGAGAAAGCAUCAAAGACCGUUCCCAAAGACCAUCAAGAUUAGAAACAACGCUGCCUGGGGUCCACAGUCCACUGGGACAGAACACAAGUGCUUCUCAGAUAUAUAUUUAAGAAAAAAACGAUGCACUCUUAGAAACUUUUUACAUAAAAUAGUAUGAGUUUGCAAUGGUGGGCAGUCGUAAAGGUUUCUGUUGCGAAAGAACAGAGAUUCGGAGAUGUCUCUGGCUGAUGCUCACGGCUAGAGAGGUAGCUCUGGGCAUGACAUUCAUUAGCAGUGACUUUUUCUGCCUAAACUCAACACAUUUAGGUGCAUCCUGUGCCAGGUCUGCAUAACAAUAAACAUAAUUAACUAUUGUAAUGUGCCAAGUCAUUUUGGUUUGCUGACCAUCGGUUCUCCCUACGGUCUAGCGGUAGCUGCAACCAUGCCCAAAGCUGUCACUACAGCAUCUAAGUACUUUUGUUUCAGAGCCCUUCCUGAACUCUUGGACAUAUAGCCUACUACUCGGAGGAUGGGAGACCGCCUGGGAAUACCAGGUGCUGUAAGUGGUGGCGGCCUAUAGGUGGCACUCUACCCUCUGGCCUCUUCACUCAUCAAUCCUGAUGCCCCAGUGCAGUGACGCGGACACUGUGCUGUGGAAGGCGCCGGCCUUCGGAGGAGACGUAAAACCGAGGUCCCGACUCACUGAGGUCAUAAAAGAUCCCAGGGCACUUAUCGCAAAGAGUAGGGGUUUCCCCGGCGUCCUGGCCCAACCAGGCUCAUUCAAUCUGGCCCCCUGAUCAUCCUCCUGUAUAAUUGGCUGACUCAUUAAUUCCCUCACUCUCCAUCUCAAGCUGGUGUGUGGUGAGUGUUCUGGCGCAGAUUGGCUGCCAUGCAUCACCCAAGAGGGUGCUACACACUGGUGGUGGUUAGUGAGGUCCCCCCUUCACUGUAAAGCGUCUUUGAGUGUCUAGAAAAGCUUUAUAUAAAUUCAAUCCAUUAUUAUUAUUAUUAUUACUCCUAUAAACUUUAGACAGCUCAAUCUGUACCAUAGUAACCCUUUCAACAUAUACUACCCACCUUAAACAUCGAGUUUAAUAAUUGACUGGAGACAUAAGUGGCAAUCUCAAUUUGUAAGAUCUAGAAUUCCCUCCUUCCAUUUCUGAUGUUUUUCAGAGAUCUUUUUCUAACUGUGAGGUGGUUGGCUGCCUGGUUGGAAUGGUGUGUACAUUGUUGAAUUGUGUAUUUGGUGGUAUUAAUAAAGAUUAUUUUACAACCACCAUAA